GCAAUCCCAAACAUUCACUCAUUCAAUUCAGGCCAUUCCCCUGAUCCAGACCUCAUAAUGGCCGAUCGUUUACAUUCUAAAGCCAUCAAGCUUCUCACCCAGCUGUCAUGAGAUCACUGCCUGACAGAUCGGUGGAUCGCGACCGGUCGGAUUCCUGCAUGCCAGCCCGCCGCACCCAUCCAGGGUUCCUUGAACUGAUCCACCCAAUGGGUCCCUGUCUGCUUCUUCCUCACAACUUGCUCACAGCGACUCAACUACUUGAAUUAUCCGCGGAAACGGGUCCGAGAUGGUCGGAUCAAGCCCGAUUUUCUCCAGCAUGUUAUGAUUUGCUCGUUCCCCGCACGCUGGCAACUGGUCUCGCAUCACCCACGGCAACCCCUCCCCGCUCCCAUGGGCACUCAGAGGAAAACAGCUAUUUAGUCCCGGGCUUCGACUGGAACUGAGGGGUAGGCAAGCAGACUUGGGAGAUUCUGCGCUGUUACUGCUUCAAUCACAACAAUGACAGCCUCCACGGAAGAUAUCGCGCGCUU